AUGCCAAUACCACUAGACAAAGUUAAAGUCGUUCAAGAAAUUGAACGUUUAGAAGAUGAAAAUGAACCGGAUAAAAAACGUAGAAUGCAACAAAUACUCGAUUCAAACGACGAACAGUUAUCAUUCAUUCAUUCAAAACAUCGUGUUCAUUGGCAUAAUGCUGCGGAAAUCGAUCAAGAUUUAUUGCCAUAUCAUCCAACUGUUAGAAAUGGAAAUAUUACGGUACUACCAAGCGAGCAAUCUCUUGAUGUUGCCUUAAGACGACGUUAUAUGGCACAUUGGGGCUUACCCGAAUGGCUUGGUGAUAAUCAUUUUUUACUUCAAAAACAUCGUCCACCAGCUAAUUCUAUUCGUGAAUGUUUAAUAUCUAUAGCAUCUAUUCAUAGUGAAACCGUCAAUAUUUGGACACAUUUAAUUGGUGCAUUAUGCAUCUCUGUCACCUUUAUUUUAUUUCUCCUUGAUAAUAACCGACAAAUGGAUAUUAGUGAUUUCAUUACUUUUAGUUCAUUUUUUAUAUCCGCAAUAUUAUGUUUAAGUUUUUCAACAUUAUUGCAUAUUUUUCUUAAUUAUUCACCACGUAUUAUGGUCAUUGUUUCAAAACUCGAUUAUUUCGGCAUAAAUAUCUUAAUAUUCGGUUCGAUGAUACCUGUACUGCAUUAUUACUUUUACUGUAAUUUAAAGUUGAAAGCAAUUUAUAUUGGUAUAUUAUUAUUGUUAUCGAUAGCAUCAGUAAUUGGCACAAGUUCGGCGGCAUGUUCGAAACCACGUUGUCGACCAUUUAAAGCUACUCUGUUUAUUGUUCUUGGUCUCUACGGUGUUGUACCAACAAUUCAUGCCUGCAUAAUCUAUGGUAUGCACCGAAUGAUUCAAAUGGGUUUUCUUUAUCUAUGUGUCAUGGCUGUUUCGUAUAUUUUUGGAGGUGUUAUGUACGGUUCACGUAUGCCUGAACGAUUUUUUCCGGGAAAAUUUGAUAUUAUAGGACAAAGUCAUCAAGUACUACAUGUUGCCGUUCUUAUUGCCAUUUAUUUCCAUUUUUAUGCAUGUUGUCGUCUUUUUAACUAUGUUGUUGUUAAUGAAAAAUGUAUAGAACCGAUCAUGCUUAAACAAAUUGUUUACGCUGAACCACUUUCCUAA